GCGGAUGUUCCACCAUUGUCGUGCGGUCGUGGAGGAUCCACCAUUUUCUUUUUGUCGCUUGCUUCGGGGUUUGUCGAGUUCUCAGUUCCAAAGAUCGGGACGAUCUUUUUGUUACGAUCUUUCAACAGAGGUAUAUCGCGUGUUCUAUCACGAAGAUCAAAGACGUGACGCACAGGAAAAAAUGAGUUACGGUAGACCUCCGCCACGUAUCGACGGGAUGGUUUCCCUGAAAGUCGACAAUCUCACGUACAGGACGACGCCGGAGGAUCUGAGACGCGUGUUCGAGCGGUGCGGCGAAGUGGGCGACAUUUACAUCCCUAGAGAUCGCUUUACGCGUGAAAGCCGUGGUUUCGCGUUUGUUAGAUUUUAUGACAAGCGCGACGCGGAAGAUGCAUUAGAUGCCAUGGAUGGAAGACUGUUGGACGGCAGGGAACUCCGAGUUCAAAUGGCACGGUAUGGACGUCCAACGUCUCCGCAUCGUAGUCGUGGAAGUCGUCGUCGUGGAAGAUCACGAAGCAGAAGCAGAGACCGCAGGCGUUCGCGAUCCCGAUCCCGCAGUAGGUCACGUAGCCGUGACAGAGAUCGCAGGCGCUCUUACAGUCGCAGUCGUAGUCGCUCACGUUCGGACAGCAAGAGCUCACGCGGUAAAUCACGCUCGCGCAGCAAGUCUCCAGACAGACAAAAAGACAGUCGUUCCAAAUCCAGAGACUGAGCUGAUUGAAGAGUGUGCGAGAGGAUAACAAUGAGUGACCAACGCGUAUCCAACGAGUGCCGAAUAAUCUAUGUUGAGAUUGAGAAAGAAAAAGGUAUUCCAUUACCCUCUAUAGCAACACUCGCACGCUUCUUCACAUUCUUUUAUCAUUUAAAUACAUACAUUGGAUAUAUAUAUAUAUAUAUAUAUAUAUAUAUAUACACACAUACAUUUUGAAUCAAUAUUAUGUAUUUCGUCAGUUUGAAUACGUGAUUAAUUUCUCUAUAAUAUAAAAAUAUUUUUUUUCUGUGCUUCUCCCUUAUUCGCGCUAUAUACAACUUUGUUGUAACAAUUACACUCCUGUUUCAUAGUUAAAUUGAUCAAUAAAAUUUAAUAGACUUCCGCUCGCGUGAUAAUUUAGCUUUGAAUUAUCUUUAUAUCCCAAUAAGAAAUUCUAGUUAGUAUAUUUUAUAAUAUAAGACUUUAUGUAUUAUCUUUCAUAAAAAAAAAACUACGAACUUAUAUGUAUUAUUCGCUAUAUUUUUCAUCGACGGAGAUUAAUAUUACAUACUGAUAGCGCAGAGGUCUUUACAAUAUUUUAUUCUAUUUUUUAUAUAAUCUCUAUUCUUAUACCAGUCUGUUAUAGUAUUAUACUGGUACGCACUUUCAAAUAAUGUUGACAAACAUUGUUUGCAAAAAAGACAAAAUUAAUUAUUAAAUGAAGAUUCUUAGAUACGAGUAUAUUAAAAACAAGUAUAUUGCUAAACGACUAAAUUUUUCUAAAUGAGACUCAGGAGAGGGUAAGAGUUGCUAUGUAGAUGUAAAUUUGCAAUUAGUAUCCUAUGAAAUUAAUAUUUUUAUUUUUUAAUAAUUUAAUUUCAAUAAGAUUGACAUAAAUUAGUUACUUUUUAAGACAAAUUAAACAAUUACUUUUUGCCAGAAUUAAUAUUUUAAUAUAAUGUCGAUUUAUUAAUAUCAAUUUGAUAAACAAUUAAUUUUGAGUAUAAUGUAAAAGUGUUUAUAGAAUAAUUUUUUUUUGGAGCUUUUAUUAAAAAAAAAAUAAAGCAUUUUUGUGACAUAUUUACAAUAUUGAAUAAUUAAUAUUGAAUAUUGAACAUGAUAGUGUCUCUCCGUCUCUGUCUCUGUCUUUCUUUCCUUCCUACUCCCCCCCCCCCUCUCUCUCUCUCUCUCUCUCUCUCUCUCUGAAAUAAAAUACAAAUAUAAUUUCUUUGAAAUUAAAAUACAAUACAAUAAUUUUUUCAAAAAUUAGAAAAGUAUUUUAACUCUUUUAUGUCUUCUAAAUUACAAAUAAUGUUUGUCAAUAUUUUUAGAUGUCCGUACAGAUAUUCAAGGGAAAUCUUUUAAUAACAGAAUAGAUUCAAAGUUUUAGGUUUAUUUUCACGCACGACAAUAUAUUUCUAGAAAUAAGUUUUGCGUUGAUAGGCAAUUGUUCAUGUAAGUUUGCACAUCGUAGAUUCAUUUGUAAUAAAGCGCAGUGUAUUGCUGAGAAGAUAAAA